AUGUGGCUUGAAGUGACACGUGUCGCUGAUUUCAUGACAUUUAUCAUGUCGACAUUCAUCAAUGGUGUGCUUCUGAAUCUCAUCAGCACGGCGUCACCAAAGCACUUCGGGAAUUAUGUGUACCUAAUGAUGUCAUUCUCUAUUAACAGCUUGGUUUUUGCCGCGAUUCAUGCGUUUAUACAACCGAUAAUCUCAACGGAGAAGUAUGUUCUAUUUGUGUUCACAUCUACCAAUUAUCUUGAAUUGCCACGUAUUGUCAUGCGCUUUUUGUUGUCGGUAUACGGUACUAGCUACAGCCAAGCCUUGACCCUAAUUGCUGUGCAGUUUGUCUAUCGUUGCUUUUCAAUCAGCCGUCGUAAAUAUUUGGUUUAUUUUAAGGGAAGACACUUAUGGUUUUGGUAUGCCUUCGUUGGUAUUUUCGGUCUUAACUGGGGACUUUGUGUGUUUUUCAUCGCCAAGGAGACUCCGGAAGUUUCUGAGAUUUUGAGACCAAUAAUGGCUUCAAGUUUUGAUCUAAACGUCUCCGAUAUCUACUACGUCGCUGCCAGCUACGUCAUCGAAGAUCCAUCAGGCAAACAGUCUCUAAACUUGCCUGUUAUAUUUAUGGUCCUCAAUUUUGCAUUGAUUUUGGGCUUCUCCUUCUCGGUCAUCCUCUUCUGCUUCUGUUUCAUUCACUACAAAAUGCAACGUGUCACCUACUCGAAAAUCUACGAAACCGUUCAAAAACAGCUGUUCCGUGCUCUAAUGUCUCAAAUGAUUAUCCCAUUGGUCCUUAUCUAUGUCCCAAUCAUCGUUGUGCUGAUUUUACCAAUUUUUCAUGUCAAAAAUUCCGCUGCUGUGUCCCUAACAUCAAUUUUAAUCUCGUUUUACCCAGUUUUGGACCCGUUUGCCGUGAUUAUGAUCAUCUCUGUGUAUCGUCAGGGAUUCUUCAACAUGUUUACGAAUAAGCCCAAAGUUAAUCAGAUUGCUAAUUUGGAAAUGAGCGGUUGA